AUGGCGCCACAUUCACAGCCUCUUGAUGCAUACGAGGCAGGCACGAAAGCGUGGUUUCCUCACGAUGAGCAAGGUUGGGUGAGUGCCACGCUAAGCAAGGUGCCGGACGUGAAAGAUGAUGGCCAUGUGACUAUGGUAUUUGUCCUGGACGAUACGGGCACAGAGCAUGUCGUGGAGACAACAUUGGACAAGAUUCAAGCUCCCGGUGGUGUGGACAAAGAGCUCCCGCCGCUUCGCAACCCGCCCUUGUUGGAAGCAUCGGAUGAUUUAACAGCGCUGAGCCACCUAAACGAGGGUUCUAUUUUGCAUACCAUUUUGAAUCGCUAUCAGCAACGGAUCAUCUAUACAUACUCCGGUAUUGUACUUAUUGCUGUGAACCCGUUCUUUGAUUUGAAUCUGUACAGCCCGGAAAUUAUUCAGGCCUACGCUGGACGGCGACGUGGAGAGUUGGAGCCACACCUGUUUGCCGUGGCUGAGGAUGCGUACCGCUGCAUGAUCCGUGACCGCAAGAACCAGACGAUCGUCGUAAGUGGUGAGAGUGGUGCUGGUAAGACCAUGUCCGCCAAAUACAUUAUGCGCUAUUUCGCAACUGUGGAAGAUCCUGACACAGUGUCUCUUCGUCGUACAAACCCAUCAGGAAUGAGUGAAACUGAGACGGCGAUUCUUGCGACGAACCCUAUCAUGGAAGCGUUUGGUAAUGCCAAGACGACCCGGAACGACAACUCGUCACGUUUCGGCAAGUAUCUGGAGAUCAUUUUCGACGAUCGCCAUGAAAUCGCUGGUGCCAAGAUGCGCACGUAUUUGCUUGAGCGUUCUCGAUUGGUAUACCAGCCUGAGGUGGAGCGAAACUACCAUAUCUUUUAUCAGUUGUGUGCUGGUGCACCUGAGGAACUCAAAGCAAAGCUCUUCCUGGAGCAUGCCUCGCAGUUCCACUACCUGAGCCAGGGUGGACCUGAUCAUCACGAGAUUGCUGGUGUGGAUGAUGCUGCGGAGUUCAGGGCAACGGUGAAUGCCUUCUUGACCAUUGGCGUAUCAGAGGAGCGUCAAGAACAGAUCUUUACGCUUCUUGCUGCGUUGCUUCAUCUCGGUAACGUUGCAGUGACAGCCACGCGUAACGAUGCACAGAUCUCGCCAGAUGACACGUCGCUUCAACGUGCGGCUGGGUUCCUGGGUGUUGACGCUGGGGAGUUGCGUAAGUGGACAUUGAAGCGUCAGAUCCAGCUGCGUGGUGAGAAGAUUGUCUCGAACUUGAACCAGGUACAAGCGACUGCGGUUCGUGACGCCGUGGCCAAGUACGUGUAUACCUGCCUGUUCGAUUGGCUUGUGGCUGAAAUGAACAAGACACUGGAGCCUUCGGAUGCCAAGGCAGCGGCUACUAUGAUCGGUGUGCUGGAUAUCUACGGCUUUGAGUGCUUCAAGGUGAACUCUUACGAGCAGUUCUGCAUCAACUAUGCCAACGAGCGACUGCAGCACGAGUUUAACACUCAUGUGUUCAAGCUUGAGCAGGAAGAAUAUGUGGCGGAGGAGAUUCCUUGGCAAUUUAUCAGCUUCUCAGACAACCAGCCGUGUAUUGAUAUGAUUGAGUCCAAGUUUGGAUUGCUAUCAUUGCUGGAUGAAGAGUCGCGUUUGCCUUCGGGUCAUGAUUCGUCGUUCUUGCAGAAAGUGUAUGGCCAGCUGCAGCCUAAGCCUGAGUUUAAAGACUUCUUGGCCAAGCCGCGCUUCGGAGCGCAGAGUGCAUUUACGGUGCGCCACUAUGCCCUGGACGUCACGUACGAUGUGGAUGGGUUCAUGGAGAAGAACAAGGAUACACUUCCCGAGGAACACUUGUCGCUGCUUAGCACAACCACCUCGCCGUUCCUGCAGGCCGUCCUCUCGGCACGCGCUGUGACUGACGCUGCCCAGCCAGCGACUUCGUCACGCAAGGUGUCGGGGCCGAGCAAUUUGGCGAAGAAGCCAACGUUGGGCACGCAGUUCAAGGCCUCGUUGGGCGCGCUCAUGGAGACGAUUAAUUCCACGGAAGUGCAUUACAUCCGAUGUAUCAAGCCGAACGAUAUGAAGAUGGCCUGGGAAGUCCAACCGCAGAAUGUGUUGAGUCAGCUUCGUGCCUGUGGUGUCUUGGAAACGAUUCGUAUUAGCUGUGCCGGCUACCCAAGCCGCUGGACGUUUGCCGACUUUGUGGAGCGGUACUACCUGCUCGUUCCUUCCAAGCUAUGGGAUAUGACCUCACUGGAGAAGGUGCGUGAUCUAGCCCACAAGAUUCUGGCAGCGACCGUGGAGAAGGACAAGUACCACUUUGGUAAGACCAAAGUAUUUUUCCGUGCGGGUGUCUUGGCCUCGUUUGAGCAAAUGCGUCGCCAUGUCCUUAACAAUCGUACUUGCACGAUCCAGACGGCGUGGCGUAGGUACGCUAUGCAGUCGCGAUACCGUGCAUUGCAGAAGGGUGUACUGGCUAUACAGUCUAUGGUUCGUCGCCGUCAGGCGGAGGCAGCGUACGAAGUCGCGCGGCAGAUGCGGGCCAUUCUGCUGCUGCAGACGGCGGCGCGUGGUGCGCUGCAGCGCCAGCGUUUGCGGCAGGCGUCGCAGGCGGCGGUGCGCAUCCAAGCGGCCGUGCGUGGACACCAAGCGCGUGCAGCGUUCUUGCACGCACGUACAAAUGGCCACGCAACACGACUGCAGACGGCUGUACGUGGCUGGCUGGCCCGCCGUGCAGCGCUGCAGCGCACGCGCCAUGUGACGCUCUUGCAGUCGCUUUACCGCCGUAAGCUGGCUCGAAAGGCGCUUGUCGAGCGUCGUACAGAGGCGAAGAGUGCGUCGCAUUUCCAGGAAGUGUCCUACAAACUCGAGAACAAAGUUGUGGACCUCACGCAAAGUCUCCAAGACCGUACGCGUGAGAACAAGGACCUGCGGGCCGCAUUAGCAGAGCUGGAAGCGCAGCUUUCCUCGUGGCAGAACCGCCACGAGGCCCUCGAUGCACGAGCACGUGGUCUCCAAGAGGAAGUGCAAAAGCCCAGUGUGCCUGCGGAAGAGCACGAAGCACUGUUGGCCGAGCACGAGGCGCUUUCGCAAGAGCUGGUCCAGGCGCGUGGCCAAAUUCGCGAUUUGGAGGUGGAGAUUGGAACGCUGAAAUCGCAGCUGCGGUCGGUCGAGGCGCCGGACUCGGUGGUCCAGUCCCUGCGUAACGAGAUUGCGAUGCUGCGCGAGCAGCUGGGCCGUGCGAAUGCCCAGAACGAGCGCAAUGGAACUACAGUGCCACUGGGCCCUCGCCAGCGGAGCGCUAGUGGCGACUAUGUCGAGGAGCCAUUGGAAGAGGUGGUUGAUGAGGAUCUUGUGCGGGCUGCGCCGUCGGAGGAGAUUAUUGAGUUGCUCGAAGACGAAGUACAGUUGGACGAGGAUGUUCUCCAUGGACUCAUCGAGUACCUCAAGAUCCCUGCGCCGAGCCUGCAGAACCCGCCGGGUCCGAAGGAAGUCUUGUUCCCAGCGCACCUCAUUAGCCUGGUCACCAACGAAAUGUGGAAGUAUGGCUUGGUCCGUGCGAGUGAGCGGUUCUUGGCCAACGUCAUGCAGACCAUCCAGCAGCAUGUCAUGUCGUUCCAUGGGGACGAUGCGAUUGUGCCCGGCAUUUUCUGGCUCUCGAAUGUGCAUGAGAUUCUGUCGUUUGUGUGCAUUGCAGAGAGCGAUAUGCUGCAAGGCAUCGGCCCAGGUGUUGAUGGGUCGGCGCGGGAGUUUGAGUGGGGCGACUACGAGCGCCUCGUGACGAUUGUCAAGCACGACUUGGAUUCGCUGGAGUACAAUAUUUACCAUACGUGGAUGCAGGAGGCGAAGAAGCGGCUGAACAAGAUGGUUGUCCCUGCGCUUGUCGAGUCGCAGUCGCUGCCUGGCUUUGUGACCAACGACUCGAGUAGUCGUUUGUUGAACCGUCUGUUGGCCGGCACAAAUGCGCCCUCGUACACGAUGGACGACAUCUUGGCAUUGCUGAACAAGAUUUGGAAGUGCCUGAAGAGCUACUAUGUCGAGCCGAGCGUCACGCAGCAGGUGAUUACAGACCUGCUCAAGAUGAUUGGUGUGACGUCCUUUAACGACUUGUUAAUGCGACGCAACUUCUGCUCGUGGAAGCGUGCAAUGCAGAUCCAGUACAACAUCACGCGUCUGGAAGAGUGGUGCAAGUCGCAUGAUAUGCCAGAAGGCUCCCUGCAGUUGGAACACCUGUUGCAGGCCACCAAGCUGCUGCAGCUGAAGAAGGCGACGAUGAGCGAUAUUGAUAUCAUUUACGACGUGUGCUGGAUGCUGACGCCGACGCAAAUCCAAAAGCUCAUAAGUCACUACCAUGUGGCAGACUACGAGAACCCCAUCUCCCCCGAUAUCCUCAAGGCCGUGGCCAGCCGCGUUGUACCCAACGACCGUAACGAUUACCUGCUCUUGCCGCCCGAGGUCGACGAAGCAGGCCCGUACGAGCUCCCUGUCCCACGUGAAGUGACAGGCAUCGAGACGUACUGCCCCGCCUACCUGAACGUGCCGCUCCUACGGAACCUGGCAAGCAAGGUGGCAUAG